AUGAACGGUCAUCUCAACGUACGGGAGAUUGUCCCGAGUGGCAUUACCGUCAGCGAUACGGAUCUGGAAUCGACUGACGAUGAGAUUGGCUUCGAGGGAUUCAGGAUUGACGGAGAUGACGGAGAUGACGCUGAACGGGGGGCGUCCGAUCGACAGGUGAAAAACAUGUGA